AUGUCUGAUACAGAAAGAACUCCAGUCCUGCAUACAAAAUUGAGAAAGGGAAUGAAAUACAGUGAUGCCACUCAUUCAACUCACAUCCGUCACCUGAUAAUUGAAAAGAGCAAGAACCAGUUGAAAGCUCCAUCAGAAAUUUCCAAGGAGCUCAACAUUCUGCGUUCAACCAUGAACUCAAUAAUUGGAAGAUUUGAGAGAACUGGAAGUGUGGAGUACAAGUCUCUGGGUAGUGAUUUUAGAACAAUUAUCAAAGAUCAUCACAAACAGUUUAUUCUGGAUAUAAUUGAUAGCAACAAUACUAUCACUCUAGCAGAGCUACAGCAAAAGCUACCAAAAGAAAUCUUUUACAGCCAAAACUGUAUUUUUAUCAAUGAGGCUGGCUUUAAUUUUAACUUGGUCAAGGGACGUGCCAGAGUGAAGGCAGAAGAAUAUGCUCUUAUGCCAACAAAAUCCAAAAGAGCCAAAAAUAUAGUGGAAGGUGGAACAGCUGGCCCAAUUUUCAAAGAAUUUGUUCAACAGUUGGUUGAAAAGUUAGAUGCAGUCAAUGCUGAACCAUAUAAUUUUGUUGUGAAUAAUACAAGAAUCUACUACAACUUUGGUCUUAGAGAGUGGUUGGAGCAAAGAAACCUGCACAAGCUAAAGUUUAUUCCUCCUUAUUCUCCUUUCCUUAACCCAGUAGAGAAGUGUUUUUCAAAAUUGAAAAAUUUUGUUAAAAAGCACCCUCUGAAUGGCCAGGAAAUGCUUGUAAAAAGAAUCAAGGAUGGAAACAACACAAUAACCAGGCAAGAUUGCGAAGGUUGGUGCAUUAGUGACGAUUUUUUUGCAGUUGCGUCUAAAUUUUUGUCCUAUACGGCGAAUUUGAUAUGA